AUGGUCGACAUAGAAAGCCACAUGCCGCUUAAGGCGAGCGACCGCCUACUUUCCGUGCCGACUUACCCUCAUACGUCGCCCAUCAACACUUCAUCGGACAGCAUACCCUUGAAUACGCUUUCAACAGGGUCGUCUUUGUCAAGAGAAAACCUCGUCAAUCCCGUCUCCAAGCCCAGAAGAUUUACGAUACCGUACCAGAAUAAACUGCAGAUCCUAUCAGUGGCAGUUCACGUUUUAGCAGUCGCUAUUACUAUCGUUAUUGUCCAGUUCAGACUUCGCGAGAUAUACUGGUUUGACCAAACCGCAAAGCUUGAUCUACUCGGAAUGGAGAUCAAGGCCGAGUCAAACACAUCAGCUCUCCAGUUUGCCGCCAAGAUCCACGAGGCUCUCAUCCAAGUGCCAUAG